AUGGGAGCGUUGCGGACGCCGUUAAAGAAGGCGCCAGCCGGCCUCUUCCGUUUCGGCCUCAGAUUUGUGAUCCUCCUGUUCGUCGUCGUUAUGGUCGUAUUUAUCUUAGAGACCGGAAAGCUGGCAGACAGACAACGAAAGUCGGAGUUUGAAGAGCUGCGAGAGCAGUCGCUGAGGAAGAUCCUGAGGCAGCACGAGAUGGAGAUUCAGGCAGCCAUCGACAAGAACAUUGGCUGGUUCUCACACUACCUCUCCAGACUCCGUCUGUCGUCUCGUGCUGGGGCUGGAAGAGACGAGGACGACGAUGAUGACACUAGCAGCGUGUCUUCACACUCAGCCUCCGCUACAGACACACUCGCCACUGGCACAUCUGGGGGGAACGAGCGUGGCGGGGAAGCAGCGGGAGGCGGAGGCGCUGGGGGAAUGGCGGGUGGUGGGGGGGAGAAUGGGAAAGGCGGUGGCGAGGGUCAAGGGGGAAAGCGGAAGAAGGGGAAGGAGCAGGAUCUGUCGAAUGUGGGCAAUUUGGACAUGCCCAUGCACAAAGUGCACGGGGUCUUGGAACCCUGCCUCCCUCUGUUGCCCGAGCCUGAACUCUCACACCUGCAGCUGCCCGAACCUCUCCCGGACACAGUAGUGACGCGCCUUCGCUAUUAUCACAUGGACGAGGACGCAAUCGAGAUCGAGAGCACACUAGGCGCCAGGCAGGGCCAGCUGGGGCGAACGGUCCAGCUGGACAUGUUCACAGGGAAGCAGACAAUGGGAGAGAGGGCCAAGAGCUUCCGGGUGCAGGCGAGCAUGGAGGUGCACUGUGGGUUUGCGGGGCCCAACACGGGGUUCACGGUGGCAGAGGCGGACCAGCGGUGGCUGAAGCGGUGCCAGGUGGCAGUGGUGACCGCGAUAUUCGGGGGAGGUGACAUCCUCGUGCAGCCGAUCGGGAUGACGCAGGAGUCUCUUCAAAAGGUGUGCUAUGUGGCAUUUUGGGACGAUGUGACAGCAGCAGCGCAGGCAGAGGCAGGGGUGGUGCCAGAUAAAGACACCGUGAGGGUGGGGCUGUGGCGCAUUGUCCUUGUCAAGGACCUGCCGUUUGUGGACCAGCGGAGAAACGGGAAGAUUCCCAAGAUCUUGUCACAUCGUCUCUUCCCCCGCGCCCGCUUCUCCAUCUGGGUUGACUCCAAGUACCAGUUUCGCCGCGACCCCCUCGGAGUGCUCGACACGCUGCUGUGGCGGCAGCAGCCGCGGGCAGAGUUUGCGAUAUCGGAGCACGGGGCAAGGAGCUGCAUCUAUGCGGAGGGGGAAGCGAUAGUGAGGAAGCACAAGGCUCAGCCGGAGGAGGUUGCAGUGCAGCUGAACCAGUAUCACACAGAGGGGCUCCCGGUUAAUGCCACUUAUAAUGGGAAGAAAGCAUUGGCAGAGGCGUCCAUCAUAGUGAGAGAGCACACGGCAGCCACGAACCUGUUCAUGUGCCUGUGCCAGAGAAUGCCAGCUCUGGAGGCAAGCGAUCCAGUCGCCAUGGACACUCAGCCUCCAAGCGUCGGCGGUAGCAGUGCGCUGGGUAGCUUGGAGGGGAGAGGCAAGUUGCAGCUGGUGCAGCCGUCGUCGGCAGAUGAAGAGGCGAAGGUGGUGAGGGAGCUGAUGAACACUGCGGAUGCUGGCAUGAAGGAAGGAGACACGUACAACCUUGUAGACGCUAGAUGGUGGCGUGCGUGGUCCAGAUACUCGGGCUAUUCGGAAUCAGAGAGCGAGUCGCAGAAGCUCACUGUGAAGCCGCUACCCAUAGACAACUCGAGCCUGGUGGAUCGGGAGGCGCAGGACAGGUUCGGCAGUGCCGAGCCUCACCUGCGGCUGGAGCUGCAGGAGGAUGGGGACUACGUGCUGGUGCCGCAGUCAGUGUGGCGCGUGCUGCACUCGUGGUACGGGGGCGGUCCAGUGGUAUCUCGCCACGUGGUGCGCAUGGGGGGGAGGGAGGAGCUAUCCGUGGAAGUCUACCCGCUCUCCCUCGAGCUCUCCUGCGUCUCUGCCGCCACCUCGCUGCCCCCUCGCGUGGAGUCAGUGGUCAUCAGCAAGCGGGCGACUGUGGGGCAGCUUAGGUACCGCGCCUGCGAGCUGUUCGGGCUGCAGCCAGAGAAUGUGCGGGUGUGGGACAACUACGGCGGCAAGCGUCACAAGGUGUUGAGCGAUGAGGGCCAGGCUCUGGAAGACGCAGAGCUGCAGAUGGGCAACCAGAUACUGGUAGAGGUGGGGGAUAACGGCCAAUGGCCCGCCCAGGCUGUGCAUCUAGAGUCCUCCUCCUCGCCCUCCUCUCCCUCCACUCCCUCCCGCACGUCCAAACCUGCCGCCACCUCCCCCUUCCACACUGUCACCUCCCCCCGUACCUCCACUCUCGCUUCGGCUGCCGAACCUACCGCCGCCGAGCCUAACAUCUCCAUAGCAGGGGGUCCUCUGUCGCACUAUAGCAGCGUGGGAGCUGCUCCCCCCCCUGGCGCACUCUUCAUCACCUCAUGGCCUCCCAACCCUGCUGGGGAAGGAAUGGAGGGAGCAGGAGCAGAAGCAGAGGCAGGGGUUGAAGGAUCAACCUGGUCUCCUGUGAGGGAGAUGACUGAUGCAGAGGGGGCAAGGGGAGAAGAAGAGGGCGAGGGGAGCGGGACUGCUGCUAGUGGAGUUGAUACCAGCGCUGCUGCUGCGAGGGGUACUGCUGGUGACAUGAGAGGGAAGCUGAAAGCGGCUUUCCCAGCAGAUGUGGGACCGGCUAAGAAGCCCACAUCUGGGCUUACACUAUCCAUUGCGCCCCCUCCUGCCUCCUCCUCCUCCAUGGCUAUUGUCCCCGUGCCUAGCGCCGAGGAGAAGAAAGGCUCAGGAUCAGUCCCCGUCUUAAGCCCCACCACCCACUCCCACCCCCUUCCUAUCAUCUCCAAUUCGACCCCCUUGCCCUCCUCUCGCCCACGCUUUUCCUCCCACAUCGUUUCCACUCACUCCCAAUCCCUCACUACUCACGGCCUCUUCUUAUUUUCCUCUCACUCAUACCCCCCACACCAGGGUGAGAUGGCAACAGCAUUUGGCGAGCUGCUGCGCAAGCUGUGGGCGCCGGGAAGGGACCCCGUGGCUCCCAGGGCGUUCAAGGCGCGCCUCUCGCGCUUUGCCCCUCAGUUCAGCGGCUACAAUCAGCAUGACUCUCAGGAGCUCCUGGCAUUCCUAUUGGACGGGCUACACGAGGACCUGAACAGGGUGAUGCGCAAGCCGUACAUUGAAGCCAAGGACGCCGAUGGGCGGCCGGACGAGGAGGUGGCGCGGGAGAACUGGGAGAACCACAAAGCGAGAAACGACUCCAUCAUCGUUGACAAGUUCCAGGGUCAAUACAAGUCAACGCUAGUGUGUCCACAAUGCAAGAAGGUCUCGGUCACAUUCGAUCCCUUCAUGUACCUCUCGCUGCCGCUGCCCUCCAAGGCCACGCGCUCGCUGCACCUCUCGCUGCUCUCGUCCUUUGGCGACCAGCCCCCCCGUGCACUCACUGUCACGGUGCCGCGCACAGGGAGGAUUCUGGACCUGCAGAGGGCGUUGGCUGAGGCAUGCCAGUUGCCUCCAGGAGAGAGACUGCAUGUGGCUGAGAUCUACAAUAAUCGCAUCUUCCGCGCGUUCCCACCGCUGGAGCAGAUCUCGUCCAUUGAGGACCGAGACAGGCUCGUGGCUUACCGCGUGCCGCGGGGGUGUGAAUCCCCCGUUAUAGUCACACAGCGAAUUAAGGAAGUCUCCACAGUAACCAACGAUUUCUUCUGGCGCCUGCACGGUGCGCCUCUCCUCCUCCCGGUCUCCCGCUUUGACAUUCGUUCCGGCGCCGACCUUUACCGCCAUGUGCGCACUGCCCUGAAGCCCUUCCUGCGACCAGGGGUUUCCGAGACCAAGACCUCCCUCUCUCUCUCCCCUGCUGGGGACAACGGCACAGGGGACAGGGGUGUGCAGGGGAAGAAUGAUCCUAUGGACGAAUCAUUAGGGAGGGAUGCCAAUACUGGUGAUGCAUCAGCUGGCGGUGAGGAGGGUGAGGGGGAGAAUGGGGCGAAUGCGAAGGGAUCUGCAGGGGCUGAGGAUGCUGCGGGGCAGGGGAGAAGAGAGGGACAGGCGGCAGCAGCAGACGAGCCACCGUUUUUGCUGUCUGUCACGCGAGCGCAUGUUGAGACUGCUGCUGAUGCUAUUCGGAUUCCUGAUGGUACUGAUUUGCCCAAGGGAUUCACUCCAGAUAUGCUUUCCAAGGAUGGACUCGCGCUGCUUCUGGAUUGGUCGGUCGAUGGGCUCAUGGAGUUUUACGAUGUCGGGCAGCUUGAGGAGCUGCCCGAAGUGAGCUCGGGCAGUGUGGGGCUGCCCAUGAAGAACAAGCGGCAGGAGGGAGUGACGCUUUUCUCGUGCCUGGAUGCGUUCAUCAAAGAGGAACCAUUGGGCCCUGAUGAUAUGUGGUACUGCCCGCAGUGCAAGGAGCACAGGCAGGCAACCAAGAAGCUUGACCUGUGGCGACUGCCGGAGAUCCUCGUGGUGCAUCUGAAGCGCUUCUCCUACAGCCGCUACUUCAAGAACAAGCUCGACACGCUCGUCACCUUCCCCAUCCAUGACUUCGACCUCUCGCCGUACCUGCCGCCCUGCAAUGCUGAAGGAGGUGGCAAUGUGUAUGAGCUGUAUGCGAUCAGCAACCAUUACGGUGGCAUGGGUGGAGGGCAUUAUACUGCAUAUGUGCAGUUGGGCAACGAGCGCCAAUGGCACACCUUCGAUGACAGCUUUGUUUCUCCCGCAAGCGAGUCACAAAUUGAGACACCUGCGGCUUACGUGCUCUUCUACCGGAGAGAUGGGAGCUCACACCACUAUGCAACUUCCCAGAACGAAGCAACAGGCGAUGAGCAAAAGAACCCCACAGCUGAGGUUACUGACAUGGACCGUGACUAG